CCCUCACCGCCAUCACCUCCUCAACUAACCAUCUCCACCAGCACACAGACACUCCCAUUUUUCCUAGAGAGAGAAACCCAAAAAUCCUAGAGAGAGAAACAAUGCACAACUACAACCACAACUCGGUCCCCGAGUCACUCCGAUGGCUGGGAAUCGCCGAGAAGCUUCUCACCAACAACGAUCUAAUCGGCAGCAAAACAUUCGCGACCCGGGCGCGCGAAUCCGACCCGACUCUCCACCAACCCGACCAGAUCCUCGCUAUUAUCGACACACUCAUCGCCGCCGAAACGCAAGUGAGUGUAAAUAAUCUCGACUGGUACGCGAUUCUCCAACUCGCUCGCCGCACUCAUGACUCGGAGCUGAUCGCGACUCAGUAUCACCGGCUAGCUGUUUUAUUAAACCCUAAUUCGAAUAAGUUUGCGCUUUCUGAACAUGCGUAUAAGCUCGUGACGGAGGCGUGGCUAGUGUUGUCGAAUCCGUCGAGGAAGUUUCAUUUCGAUAAUGAAAUUGGGAAUUUGGGGGUUAUUAGUCGUAAUGGGGGUAGAGCUAGUCGUGAUGGUAAUACGCAGCACAAUUUUAUGCCAAUGCAGGAACAAUUUGAGCAAGUGAAUAGGGAUGGUGGUGGUUCGAGUAAUCGGGGUUUUAAUUUUAUGCAAAUGCCUCAAUCGGAGCCGUUGCAGUUUUUGCAACCGUUUGGUCAGCAGCAGUUGUUUCCGCAGCAGCAGGUUACGCAGGGACUGCAGCAGGAAGUGCAUUGGUCGAAUUUACAGCAGGAAGCACAGCAGCAGACUUGGCUUCAGCCGCCUUUUCAUUGGUCUCAGGGGGCGCAGACGACGGCCACUGGUGUACCGAUUUUGCAGCCUCAGGCUAGGGUGCAGCAGCAGUUUGGGAUGGCUCAGAUGCAAGAGGCGUGGACACAGCAACAGCAACAGCAACCACCGCAGUCUAGAGAAAGGGUGGGGAGAAGUGUGCAGUUUGAUUUGGGGAGAAAUGGUGGUGAUGGUCGGGAGAAUGUUGUGAAUGUCGAAGAACUGCCUAAUUUUUGGACUGUGUGUGCAUAUUGUUAUACUAUGCAUGAAUAUGCUGGUGUUUAUGCAGAAUGUUCAAUCCGGUGCCCGAAUUGUAAGAAGGCGUUUCAUGCUGUUAAAAUUGAUGCCCCGCCUGUGGAGGAAGCGGGGGAAGAUGGUUAUUAUCGAUGCUGGGGUUAUUUUCCAAUUGGGAUUUCAGCAGCAUAUCUGGAGGAACGGAAGAAAGGGGUUUCAAGUUGGACUCCGAUUUCGACCAUGUUUGGUGUUCCUAAAGGGGGUAAUAUUAUUAAGCCGAAGAAGGGGAGGAACUCUGGUCCUUGGGUUUAUAUUGAUGAUGAUGAGGAGGAGGAUAUUUUUGACGGGAUAUCAUCAGCUGAAGAAUCUGAUGAGGAUUGGAGUCGUGCUUCGAAGAACAAGAAAGGAAGGAACUUUACAAGGAAAGUUUCGACCACUAAAAAAGUUAAUCAACCACAAGGCUCCAGCUCCCAAAUGGCUCAAGAGAGUAAUAUGGGUAAUUUACAUAGUGCAGGUUUAGCACAAGAGGGAUCGAAUGUUGGUGUGCCUAAUGCGGGAAUUCCAAGUGUGCCUAAUGGUUCAGAACCUAGUGUGCCAGCAGCCGAGGCUAAUGAUAAAGCAGGGGGUGAGGCUAAUGAUAAAGCAGCUGGUGAGAGUAGUAAGAAAAGAGUAUCGACACAACAAAGCAACCAGGUAGAGUUGGAAAGGAUGUGGAGAGGUUGGAUAUGAUUUUGGGGUGUAAUAAUGAGGUUGUAGGGCUUCUUGGGGUACAAAUGGACACAAUAAGGUAGAGAAUGGGGCAGAAAAAGAUAUUGAAGGUGUCUGGUUUUCUUAGGAAGUGAAUUCCUCAGUAGCUUGCACAUACUCAGUUGAUGUUGGUGAAAAGCUAAUUCUGGUUAGUGUAGUUAGCAAAGUCUUGUAGUAAUUGCUUCUCUGCAUUCUUAAUGCAAUAUCUGUUGUAGAGCACAAAUUGUUUCUGCUAAUGGUUAUCGUAGUCUAGUGUAAUGCAUAUAAAACAGAAGUGUUGUAUCAUGUAUCUCUUUAGAGUAGUAUUUCUUUAAAGUA